AUGGCUGCUGAACCCACCAAAGCCAAACUAACCCUUCCAUGGAAAGUUCAUUUACUCACUUCCCUCCUUUCCACUCUCGGCGGCGCCUCUCGCCGCUCCAACGCAACCAUCAACUACCGUCUUUUCAACCUCGCAGACCGCCAGUCACUGCCAAACCCCACCCUCAUAGACGGUGUUUCCUCCUCUGCCAUCUUCGCCACCUCCCUUAACGUCGUGGUCGUCUCCGUUUACUACCGCCUUGCCCCCGAACACCGUUACCCGUCUCAAUACCACGACGAUUUAGACGUGUUAAAAUUCCUCGACCAAAAUGACAACGUUUUAUCCGACGUUGCUGAUGUCAGCAAAUGUUUUUUGGCGGGUGAUAGCAUGGGUGCAAACCUGACCCACCAUGUGGCAGUUCGGAUUUCCAAAGAGAAGCUCCAAAUGGUGAAUGUUAUUGGGUUGGUGUCGGGGAAGGAAUUGCAGUUAAUCGAUUAUCCAAACACUUUUCAUGGGUUUUACCUUUUUCCUGAAUUGCCCAAGGAGUUUAUGACCAAGCAAAUGGUCAUUGUGAAUUGA